GACUGAAACCAGCGCUGCUGCGGCUGCUGCUGAGAGCUGCAGAGAGCCGCCGACCGGAGCGCCUCAGUAUCGACACAUGGCUUUACUGAACGUUUAGUAGACGCUGGUGGAUUAGCCGCGCAGGGACUGAUAUCUAGUCGACACGGCUUCUGUGUUCAGUGGGGUAACACGCUGAAACUGCUGCAGCGCGUGCUACACCUGGGAUUUUCUUUAUUGUUGUUUUUUCCUGUGGAAUUUAGUGAAACAGCUGCUGCCAACAUGUCUCGAGACCCAGAGGACGUGAACAAACUCACAGAGAGCACGUAUAAGAAUGUGAUGGAGCAGUUUAACCCAGGAUUGCGCAACCUCGUCAACCUCGGGAAGAGCUACGAGAAAGCAGUGACAGCGAUGACCCUCGCUGGAAAGGCAUAUUUUGAUGCAGUUUCAAAGAUCGGAGAGAACGCUGCCGUGUCGCCAGUCUCCAGGGAGCUGGGAGUGGUCCUGAUGGACAUAUCUGAAGUGCAUAAGAAGGUCCAGCUGGAGCUGGAGGAGUCUUUCAAGAGGUUUCAUAGAGAGCUCAUCACAGAACUGGAGAAGAAAACAGACAUGGAUGUCAAAUACAUGACUGCCACAUUCAAAAGAUACCAGUCAGAACACAAAAUGAGGCAAGACUCCCUGGAUAAAUCCCACUCAGAUCUGAAGAAAUUACGUAGAAAAAGCCAGGGCAAGCAUUCCAGCAAGUAUGAGAUCAAGGAGAAUGAGUAUGUGGAGACGAUCACUUCGCGGCAGACAGACAUGCAGAAUUUCAUAGCGGAUGGAUGUAGAGAGGCCCUACUGGAGGAGAAGAGAAGAUUCUGCUUCCUGGUGGACAAGCACUGUGUCUUCUCCUAUCAGAUGGCAUCUUUUCAUGACAAGGCGAAGGAGAUGCUGUCUUUGAAGCUGCACAGCUGGCAGGACAAGUGUAGUGAUGCCACCAAGGUGCCAGACACAGUCAUAACCAUGAUCGAGAGCCUGCAAACUCCAGUCUCCAUGACGUCAGACUCCUCUCCUCUCAUGGAACGCUUCGAUAGUAUUAAUUCAGACUCUGCCAUGCCACCACCAGCCCCAAUGAUGAAGGCUCAGAUCAGCCCUCUGGCAAACAUGUUUUCCCAGGAGCCGCCCCGAAGCCCUCUCUCCCAAGAUACAUACUCCGACCAAGACAGCCUCGAGGACAAUGGCCUGUCCAGGUCUACGUCUGUGUCCAGCGGCAUGAACACGAUAAAGAAGCUGCGAGUUCAGACCAUCUUCCCACACACAGCUGGGAACAAUGAGACCCUGCUCAGCUUCGAUGAUGGAGAGCUCAUCACUUUGCUUAUUCAGGAAGAGAGAGACGGCUGGCUCUAUGGCGAGAUGGAGAAGACCGGGCAAAAAGGCUGGUUUCCUUCAUCGUAUUGCCGACCUUACACUGAGCCUGUGAUCACAAAUAUGGUUGAGACCACCCUGCAUAGCCUAAAUGUGGCCAACCUACCUGAGCAGUCUGGAGAGGUCGAGGACGAGGAGGAUGAGGAGGAAGACCAGCCUGUACUACUGCCUCCCCCUGACUACAGUGACUCAUCCAGGAAGCCCUCCACCCCCUCUCCGCAGAACAUGGUGUCUUUGUCAAACGGUACUUCCAUGCCUCCCUUUCUUGGAGGUGGGAAUCCCUUUGCUACAGUCAGACUGCGGCCCACAGUUACAAAUGACAGAUCUGCACCCAUCAUCUAAUGCCACACUACACAACACUUGAUCUGGAUUUGGGCCUCGUCUUCAUUUUGAUUCUUCAUUUACAGCAAUUUGGGCUGUUUUUUUGAAAGAUAAAACUGAGAAGGGCUUAGUUACAGAUGUCAACUGAAUGUUUUUAGAGCUAAAUUCAACCACACAUGCCCAUCUUAACAUGAGAAAAAAUAUUAAUUAAAUGUGGUUAUUAUUUAUCUUAUCACUAGGUUGGUUUUAUUGGGUCCUGGUUCAGAAGCAGAAUCACUUUGUAGUCUAAAGUUCUUUUCUUUAGGUUCUGUCCAAUAUGAAAUCGUUUGACCAUAUUGGUCUCUUUGGCUGUUAACGUGUGAGAAUUGGAUCUAUUUGUUAAAUUAAACAAUAGUUGACACUGUUUUAGGCCAAAACUUGGAGCACUGGAGUCUAGAAUAUUGAAUGUCUGUUCAAAGCAUUUUGUUGUAGAAAUUAAGAUGAACUAUAUAAUGCUGGUAGUCAAGUUAUUUAGCUAGAUGAAUGUCUGUCUGGUAUUUGCAGUAGCAUUUGUUCCUCUUAACCUGCUGUAGAAGAAGAUUCUUGUUUUUCCUCUACAUCUUCAACAUUUUUUAAAAGAGGUAACUAUAAAGGCACAUUAAUGAAACAUGGUGAUUAAUUUCUCCUUCUGUUAUUUAAUAGAACAUUUCUUUUCUCUUAAAGGCAAGUAGUUUACCUGGUGUUGACUGUGUACCAGGAAAAAUAACAGCACAGCAUAAUACACAGCUAAAUAUACUGACUCUGCCUGAACAGAUGUGCAUUUUAUUCUUGAAAUACCAAUGUCAGGAUAUUGAUGUGGGGACCUUUCUUCUUGUUUGUUGUUAGAUAUGUGUAUAUUUUAUUUACUCUUGUUUAAACAUGUAUGGGGUACCUUUUUUAGCCUGUUGCGACAUUGAUUCUUUGUGCUAUUUUCUGUCAGACAUGAUGCUGCAAUAAAAAAUACUGGUUUUCA